AUGAGUCAGAGUAGCGAUUCAACAAGUGCAGGUACUGCCAGUACUGCUAGCUUACCCAUAGGACGACAGAAGACAGUUGGUCUACAUCAAGGGGCAAAGUCACUUAUACGCAAUGUUAUACGCCACACAGACACUCAUAACCGGCUAUUGGAGGAGUCAGAAAUGUGGCAGACUUAUUACAGAUUGAAAAGAGAAAAGCCAGAUGAGUCAGACAAUAAAGGAAAUGCUUUCAGAGAUCCGGAUGUAAAAAAUUCCUUUUUAUAUGAUGACAGAAAGGACAUGAGAUGGGAAAGGAGUUAUAGACGAGGCUUGAAACAGGCUCAUAUGGAUGAGAUUGCAGAGAAUAGACAGACAGACAUAGGCUCCAGCAACAGCACAUUCUGGAUGAGGCAGCUGCAGAAGGUUGAGGAUAACGACCCAGAAAGGUGGGGACAUGCAGGCUUCAAGGAACUAUACCCAGAUGCCUUUGACAGUGACAGAUCUGCCAAAAAUGAUGACGCUCAAAAGAAAAAGUCGCUCAAGAAAACUCACACCAGAAGAGAACACAAGCACAGGAGCUCAGACAGAAAAAGGAGAAGGAAAAGACCAGAAAGUGAUAGAGUUAGAAAGAAGGAAAAGAGGCCCAGAAAGCACAAAGAUGACAGCAGCAGAGACAAAAAGAAUAAGAAAAGGAGGUAUAGCCAUGACAGUGAUACUGACAGUUCCACUGACGUCGCUGAAAAGGACAGGAAAAGCAAGAAAAGGAGAAACAGCACUGAAACUUCAGAAAGUGACAGUGAGACAGAAGAGGAAUCGAAGAGAAAAAAGAGCAGACGAAAUAUGAAGACGGAAAGUGAACGAGAAAAGAAAAAAUCAAGAGAAUCUGCCGCCCACAGGUCUCACAGACAAAGGAAAAGAAGAAAACAUUAA